UUUUACGUCGCCACUUCACGUGAAACUUGUCCGCAACCUUAUACAUGAUUUUUCUAUGUAUAGGUAUAGGUGUAUUUUAUGUAUUUUUUCAACUGUGUAUAGGCUUCCGAAUUCACCCUGGACAGUGCUGAUAGCCUUCCUGGUCUUCGAGACAUCUGUGGGUGCCUACUACCCCUCAAUGGGAACUCUCAAGGCCGAGAUCGUACCCGAGGCUUAUAGAGCUACCAUAUACAAUCUAUUCAGAGUAAGCAGCUAUCUGUGCGAAUAUUUUAUAAUAAUGGAGUUUUGCAC